CAUCAAUGUCUGUGCUAGAGUUGCUUCUUUUUUUUUCACUCUUUUUUAUAUUUAUAUAUAUAUAUUUGCUUGUAACUAAGCACAGGCUGCCCUGAAUUUAUUUUAUUUUUUAUUAUUUCCAUAGUAACCCUAUCGCGUGUGCGUGUGUGUGUAUAUUUUUUUUGAACCCAUGUCGAAUGCCUUAUUGUUGAGACUAUUUACAUCAGAAUAUUUUAAUGCCUGGAUUGCGAUCUCGUAUAUAUUUCGACAUCCCGAUAAUGUCGGUAUACAACACUACUUGUGCACACAACUUCGAAAAUUCCCUAUUGCAGAAAUCGAGUUCUUUUUGCCUCAACUCAUGCAUCUUUUAAUUACUCGACCCACAGAGUCAGUGGCAUUAGAACUCUAUAUUAUCGAUGCAUGCGAAAAAUCAACACAUAUUGCUGUCAUGUGUCUUUGGUAUUUACAAGCUUAUUUAUCGGAUUUGUCUGCCAAUCCAAAUCAUCCUUCAUUUCAGCUCUGUAAACGAGUAUUUAAUCGUUGCCAAACUAUUAUUUUUACAGACAGCAGCCAUGAAGAACAAGACGAUGUCAUUGCCAAUGGUGGUUUAGAUCGAACACAAAGAGUGAGAGAAAAUCCUCUACCUGCUCUUGUAGGGAUGGGUGCACUCUUGGCAGGUAUUGGUCAACCUGCUGUCACUAAACCUGUAGGUAGUGUAGCAAUUGCUCAGGGACGUAAGGCGAGACCUCAGACAUUUAAUUCAUCGGAUGCUUCUGUGGUCAGUCGACGCAAUACAUUUGAAGGGGAUGAUGUCCUUCACCGUUCACAUUCUCAACCUAAUCUAUCCAUCAAACCUGUGCGCCCUCAUUCGAUUUCUUCUGCCUUUUCGACUGUCUUGGGUGACAAGGAUCAUUUCACUGUCUCACUAGAAGAUUUGCAUAAAGGCAAAGCAUUCAGCGUAUCCCGUUACCUUAAACAAGCCCAACAAAAGAUCCAACGAAAAGUCAGAUCCACACUGGUAACGCAUGAAGAUACCAUGCCGCCUCUUCAAUUGCUCGAUCAGGGUGGCAUGAAUAUGAAGGCCAUGGCACAGUCUUCAGUUCCUUUAGCUCAAGAACCGACUACACCCACCACCUUGGUCUCUCCUUCACGUUCGUUCUCUUCAGAAGAAGCUUUUGGCCAAUUUUCGCCUAAGCGCAUGUCGAUGGAUGUGCUACCUGUAGAAGACGAUGACCUGGUCCAUGACAGUGGUGAUUCAGAUGAUGAUGAAGUGUAUGCAUUAGCCAAAUUAAGUUUGGAUGAUCGUCGUCAGUUGCUCCGGUCCAAUUAUUUUCGCUCCGAAAUGCAGUUCUUAUUGGCCUUGGUGGAUAUUGCGACCCGGUUGGUGAUUGUGCCUAAACCAGCCAGAUUGAGUGCGUUGCAUGCUGAAUUGACCUUGCUGAACCAUAAUUUACCUGCUGAGAUUUGUAUGCCGUUGUGGUGUCCUGCUACAGUCGAUCGACCUUACCAUCAUCGUAUUGUUCGUAUUAGUCCAACGGAUGCUGUUGUCUUGAACUCGGCUGAAAGAGCACCUUAUUUGUUAAUGAUUGAAGUAUUGGAUGAUGAACUUAGUUUGGAAAACGGGUUCAAGUCAUCCUUGAGUAAGCUCAAAAAGGGAAAACACCAUCGUCUUAAGCAACUUUCGACAACAAAGCGAAAAGAAGCAUUGGAGGAUGCCAUGACCGAUUUAGGCGAUCUCGGGUCUCCCACCAGUGCUCGUACGAGCUGCGAUCUAUCAGCAUCCGCGCCCAGUGUAAAGCAACGCUCAAGUAGUGAAGUUGAUCUUCAAGAAACCCAAAAGGACACCCGACCCUUAUUUGACGAUGAUGAGUUUGCAGAAAAGAUGAAGACAGCAGCCAUCUUGUUGGCUCAGUUGCGACUUGAACCUCAACAACAGACAGUGCGUACAAGUACCGAAAGUAUUCGCCAUAAAGUGAUUGCAGAAAUGAUGGCAUUAGAAGACGAACGUAUGGAAAAGAUGGCCAUGGAAGGUGUGGCGAAAGGCAUGGGAGGAGGAGGAGGAGAGGGCGCAGGUCAUGAAAAGAAACUGGACGAUGAACAACGAGUAGCCAUGGUCGUCAAUAAAGAAGAUCCAAGUGCAGCCGUGUUUUCUGAAGAUUGGGAAACUAAAAAAGAAAGAAUCCGUGCUUCUUCUCCUUAUGGUCAUUUACCUAAUUGGCGAUUGAUUUCAGUGAUUGUGAAGAAUGGAGCUGACUUGAGACAAGAACAAUUUGCAAUUCAAUUGAUUCGAGAAAUGCAAAAGAUCUGGCAAGAUACUCAAGUCAAUGUUUGGGUACAAUAUAUUCGUGUAUUGGUAACUUCGGAUGAUUCUGGCUUAAUUGAGACUGUUAAGAAUUCAAUUUCAAUUCAUUCUAUUAAAAAAGAAGCGUAUACAAGAAAAUGGAAUGAACAAGGUGCUGUAUUUUCACUUGGAGAUUACUUUGUUCGACGUUGGGGACCACGCGAAUCUACAAGGUACAAGAACGCGCAAGAUGCAUUCAUGAGAAGUUUAGCUGGCUAUUCUGUUGCUUCUUACCUGAUGCAAAUCAAAGACAGACAUAAUGGUAACCUUUUAGUCGAUGAUGUAGGCCAUAUUAUUCAUAUCGAUUUUGGCUUCAUUUUGUCUAACUCACCUGGUUCUGUUGGAUUUGAGAUGGCGCCUUUCAAGUUACCUCAGGAAUACAUCGAUAUCCUGGGAGGAGUGGAUAGUGACGUGUUUGCAGAGUAUAAGGCAUUAACAAAAGCAGCCUUCUUGGCUGUUCGUAAACACAGCGAUAAUAUUCUGUUGUUGACAGAAAUGAUGUCCAAGGAUAGCAAAUUACCCUGUUUCCAAAAUGGACCAGCUACCGUCUCUGCUCUUCGUGAUCGAUUCCAGUUACAAUUGACAGAGCCUCAAGUGGAAGCAUAUGUCGAUAAGUUGAUUAUGAGUAGCUGUUGUAAUGUAUUUACACGACUUUAUGAUACCUAUCAAUAUUACUCACAGGGCAUUUUGUAAAAAAAAAAUACUCUCUUAAAAUACAUCUUUAUUAGAAAUACUACAACACAAAAAAGACAUAAUAAUUAAUAAACAUUCAAAUGAAUCAGAUA